AUGGAGUGGAGAAAAUAUUAUAUGGAUGCGAUGCUUGUGCCAUGUGGGUUAGCAAUCAUGGUUGCAUAUCAUGUAUGGUUAUGGCAUAAGAGUCGUACACAGCCCUUCACCACAACCUUUGGAAGAGAUGCUGAUGGUCGUCGAUUAUGGGUUCCUGCCAUGUCCAAGGAUAUUGAGAAGAAGAACAUAGUAGCAAUCCAAUGUCUAAGAAACAUAAUAAUGGGGUCAACCCUUAUGGCCACAACAUCCAUUCUGAUAUGUGCUGGCCUAGGAGCAGUCAUAAGCAGCACUUACAGUGUUAAAAAGCCAAUAAACGACACAAUUUUUGGUGCACAUGGGGAAUUUAUGGUGGCACUAAAAUAUGCUAUACUCCUUGCCAUAUUCUCAGUCUCAUUUCUCUGUCACACUUUAUCAAUUGGGUUUCUGAAUCAAGUGAAUAUCCUUAUUUGCACUCCUCAGGGUGUCAAGUCCUUGGUGACUCAACAAUAUUUGACUCGUCUUUUGGACAAUGCCAUGUUAUUGAACACUGUGGGGAAUAGGAUUUUCUAUACCGCAAUUUCACUUCUUCUUUGGAUCUUUGGGCCUGUGCCAACUUUCUUCUCUUCAAUGGCAAUGAUACUUGUACUAUACAACUUUGAUUUUGUUGAAGGAAACAUCAAUAGCAACCAGGAGGAUUUUAUCCCAAAUGGUGUUUGA